AAAAAUAGGCGAAGAAGCGCAUUGAUAAAUACAGCUAUAUAUUCAAUUAUCACACGUCAGGUUUUUGAUUACUUUCGUUGAAAAUGUUGCGGCAAUUGUUUGCAUUUCUAUUGCUAGUCCAGCUGAGGGGCUUGGACUGCCAGCAAACACCGGAGGAGGAGCAAGGCGUGCGCUAUGCCAAUCGCUGUGAGGCCUGCAAAAUUCUUGCCGCCGAAUUGGAGGCGCGUCUGGGCGAAACCGGCAAAUCGCACGAUGUUAUUGAGAUCGGCUACUCCGUGGACGAUGUGCGUCCCAAGAAGCGCACCGAAUACCGACGCAGCGAGCUCCGUUUGCUGGAGUCCCUGGAGAAUGUGUGCGAGCGUGUGCUCGAGUAUAAUUUGCACAAGGAGCGCACGGAUAGCACGCGAUUCGCCAAGGGCAUGUCGCAGACCUUUCAAACGCUGCACGGCCUGGUCGACAAGGGCGUUAAAGUGGACCUGGGCAUACCCUACGAGCUGUGGGACAAGCCGCCCGUCGAGGUCACCCAGAUGAAGAACCAAUGCGAGAACAUGCUGGAGGAGUACGAGGAUGCCAUCAGCAAUUGGUAUUUCCAGCUGCAGCAGGACAAAUCCCUGCAGCAGCAUCUGUGCGAGGAUCAUGUGCUUAAGCGUCCGGAGGAGCGCAAGUGUCUCAAGGAGCAGCUGACGCAGCAGCCGGAGCGAAAGAAACAAAAGAAAAGUACCAAAGGCGACAAGCAGGAGCUGUAGCUGAUAUGGAACUAAGCGUGGAUGACAUCCCAAUCAAUGCUAAGCAUUGCCGUCUCGUGAACAAGCGUAUUUAGUUAAGCUAGAAAACUUACUCUCUGUAUUCCGAAUGCUUCCAAAAAACCGACUGAACCAGCAAAUGUUAUGGCACGACCUGCCCACUAUCGAUUGGCAGCCCAUUAAAUGUGGGCCGCAAGGGCCUUAAAAAGUAAUGUCCACCGUUUGUACGACUGCGUUUAUACGAAGCUUUUUUUGUAUCGUGAUUAUACGUUUAACAUGUAGUUAACUUGUAGUGUAAAAGAUUCCUGAAUUAUUGUUCAUUAAUAAAAUAAGCUGAAAGAUUUUAA